CCAAAACAAAAACAAGGAAACACAACAAGGAAUUCAAACCAUUACAUAAUUGCAUUAAUUUGUUUGUGCUCUUAUCCUGUCAAUCCAGCUGUUUGUCCAUGCUUUUAUAAAUGCCAUCAUCCAGUUGCAUAGAGAAGUAGAAAAAGAAGAGUACCUAAAUCCACCAAAAUCAUCAAACACCUCCCACAAGUAGAAAUGGAGGCCGCCGAAGAGAUAGAUAUCGUGAUUGUCGGCGCCGGCAUUUGUGGCCUCGCCACUGCCCUCGCACUUCACAGGAAGGGCAUAAAAAGCGUGGUUUUGGAAAGAUCAGAGACGCUGAGAGCUUUUGGGAGUGCCAUUGCCAUUUUGACAAACGGUUGGCGUGCACUUGAUCAACUUGGUAUCGGCCCCAAACUUAGACAAACAGCGCUUCCUCUUCAAGGAGUACGAGACAUAUGGCUCGAUGGCAACAAGCAACGACGAGGACCUCUCUCGAAAGGAGAAGCCCGCUGUGUGAAAAGGAGUGAUCUAAUAAACAUGCUUGCUCAGGAUUUGCCCCACGGCACCAUACGUUUUGGAUGCCACAUUCUCUUUGUGGAAUUGGACCCUCUGACCAAUUUUCCGAUUCUUCAACUUCGUGAUGGGCGUGCAAUAAAGGCCAAAAUUUUGAUUGGAUGUGAUGGGGCGAGCUCAGUAGUAGCAGAAUAUCUCAAGGUGAAACCCAAGAAGUCCUUCCCUGCGUUUGGCAUAAGAGGGCUAACCUAUUAUCCAAGCCCUCAUGGGUUUGACCCUGAGUUUGUCAGAACUCAUGGGAAUAACGUUGUAUGUGGAAGAUCUACCAUCAAUCAAAACCUUGUUUUUUGGUUCCUACUUUUACCAGGUUACCUCAAAGAUUCAGAGAUUUUUAAAGAUCCAGAGCUGAUCAAGCAAAUGGCUCUAGAGAAAACCAACGAUGCUUUCCCAAAGGAAACGAUAGAAAUGAUCAAAGACUGUGACAUAACUUCACUAUCCCUCACACACUUGUGGUAUCGGCCAGCUUGGGACAUACUGCUGGGAACUUUCCGAAAAGGGAUGGUGACGCUGGCCGGUGACUCAAUGCAUGUGAUGGGGCCAUUUCUAGGACAAGGCGGCUCCGCAGCCAUGGAAGACGCAGUAGUACUCGCGAGAUGUUUGGCAAAUAAGAUCCAUGGUGAAAGUAUUAAUGGUUUUGAAGGAAAUAAUGGACUAUUUAGGAAGAAAAUGGAGGAAGCAAUGGAUUUGUAUGUUAAGGAAAGGAGAAUGAGGUUGGUAAGAUUGUCUGCUCAGUCUUAUGUGACUGGUUUGCUUUUUAGCUCUGCAUCAAUGAUAGGGAAGAUCUUGCUUCUUGCGUUGAUUAUUGUCCUCUUUCAAGAUCCAAUUCGUCACACUCGGUAUGACUGCGGCCACCUAUAAAAAUUGAAGAAUUUAUGUGUUAGUCCUUGUUAGUUGUGUGCAUCAUGAAAAUGUAUUGUCUUGUGUUAUUUAGUUGUUUACAAGAAUACUCACCAUUUUGUAGCUUCUAUGUCAAAUUACUAUAUAUAGUUUACUUCAUAGUGCAAUACUCUUUCAUAAUUAUUUAUUA